UGGCUGUUGUGUCAAAUAAAAUAUAAACAUAAAUGUCAUCUUCUUAAUAUAUCCCUUGUUUAGAAUUUUUUAUCUCUGUUUACUACUGUCCAAAGUAAAUUUAUAAAUUUACUUUGCUAGUGUCAUUAUUGAAUUUAUAGAAAAAUUAAAAAAAAUCAAGAAAAUUUAUAAAAUAUACAUUUAUAAUUAAUCCAAAAUGCCGAUUAUGUACAAUACUGGCGAUUGGUUCGUUUUGCGACCCACAACUUACAGGAAACUCGAUUUACAUACACCGGAUUGGCCAUUAGAUUUGGAUUUAGAAUAUAUGAAAGUAGUAUGUGCUCCGUAUGGUGGUCCAAUAGCGGUGACAAGAGAUCCUAAUCAAAUAGUGCCAAUAAAAGGUACUGCUAAACCUGUUAUACGCAUAUUCGAUACAGCUGGCCUGGAAUUGGGUAAAAUUUGGUGGAAUCAUGGUAAAUUAAUUUCAAUGGGUUGGUCCGAUACGGAAGAGUUGAUUUGUGUACAAGAUGAUGCAUUGGUUUUCAUUUACGAUAUGUUUGGUAAUGAAAGAUAUUCCUAUAGUAUGGGCCAGGAAGCUAGUUUAACUAAAAUUGUUGAUGCCAAAAUAUAUCAAUCAUCAACUGGAACUGGUGUGGCUGUAAUGACUACUAACGGUCGUAUUUUCUUAAAACUCAAUAGUGCAAAAGAUAAUCGAUCUCGACUCUUGCCUGAGAUUCCAAAAUCUCUAUCCGAAUGCACUUGCUGGGAAAUUGUGACAGAAGAACGCAAUAGCUAUUGUCUCUUGGGAAGAGAUCGUGAAGUUAUUAAAUUAUUUUUGGGAGAAUCUGUGGGAUCAAUAACACGCAAUUUAAUUAGUAAACCUUUUGAACGCAUCAUUUCAAUGUCUUUAUCUUAUAAUCAUCAGAAUUUGGCUUUAUAUACUAAUAAUGGUAUUUUAUGGAUGGGUAGCGUGGAUAUGAAACAAAAAUAUUGUGAAUUUGAUACUGGACGCAAAGAUAUGCCAAAGCAAAUCGAAUGGAUUAUGAACGUUGACAACGCUCAAUCAGAUGCUGUAGUCAUAGCAUAUAAUUCAUUUUUAUUGGUUGUCAAUCGUAAUGGUGAUAAAAAUCUAUUUAGUUAUGAUCCGGCUAUAUUUCUGGUUGCUGAAAUGGAUGGUGUUCGUAUUCUAACAAAUAACACUCACGAAAUGAUACAGAAAUUACCGAAAUGCGUGCAGAAUAUAUUUGCUAUUAAUAGUCAGGAACCAUCGAGUUUUCUAUUUGAAGCUCAGAAAAAAUUCCAAGAAAAAUCACAUCAAUCUGAUGAAUACUUGAGUCUAUUUCGUGAUCGCAUGAACGAAGCCGUAGAUGAGUGCAUAGAAGCUGCUGGUUAUGAGUUUUGUAUGGAAACUCAAAAAAGUUUAAUGAGGACUGCCUACUUUGGCAAAGGCUUUAUAAAGUCUCAUAAUCCUGACGAAUAUAUUAAAAUGCUGCGUAUUUUAAGAGUUUUAAAUGGCUUGCGACAUCCCAAAAUAGCCAUGCCUUUAACCAUAAAACAAUUUUUACAUUUAAAACCAGAUGUCAUUCUGGGACGUUUAGUAUUUCGAAAACACUAUGCCAUUGCUAUACAAGUUGCAAAACAUUUAAAAUUACCAGAAUCUUGGAUAUUAGAACAUUGGGCAUAUCACAAGGUUAUAAAUGAUAAAAAUGAUCAUGAAGUUGCUCGCAAAAUAACGGAAAAAUUCAAAAAUCCCUCUGUUGAAGGUAUAUCAUUUUGUAAUAUAGCUGAAAAAGCUCAUGAAGCUGGACGUGAUGAAUUAGCAAUUAAAUUACUAGAGUUAGAACCAAGAGCUUCAUUGCAAGUGCCGCUAUUAUUAAAAUUGGGUAAAUAUGAUCGUGCUGUCCAGAGUGCCACACAGUCAGGAGACACUGAAUUGGUGGCUACUGUUUUGUUGGAGAUUAAAAAGAAAAUGAUGCUUACAAACUUUCAUAUGAUUAUACGCGAGUAUCCCAUGGCUUUAAAUAUUUAUAAAAAAAUGAUGAAUGAAUGGAGUCGUACCGCUUUAUAUGACAUUUACAAUACCGAAGAUGAUCACAAAUCAAUUGCUGAAUAUCAUUUUCGAAAUGCUCUUGAAAGUGAAACUUUAGAAGCAAAUCUAUCAAUUAUAGCCAAUAGUUAUACACAAGGUCGUCGUAAUGUCGAGGCCGAACUUUGUUCUGACACAAGUAAAUUAAUGAAAUUACAAAAAGCUUUAACUACCAAAUAUAGUAAGAUAUUUGGUGAUAUAACAUUCCAUGGUUUAUCCAUACACAAUACCAUUGAAAAGCUUUUAGAGUUGGGAGAAUUGAAAGAAGCUGAAAAAAUUAAAAAUGAUUUUAAAGUUCCAGAUCGAAGAUUUUGGUGGUUACGCAUUUUAAGUCUAUCCAGUAAACAAAAUUGGAUUGAGUUGGAAAAAUUUGCUAAAAGUAAAAAAAGUCCUAUUGGCUAUGAACCAUUUGUUGAAGUUUGCCUUAAACAGAACAAUUUAACUGAAGCACGUAAAUUUAUACUCAAAUGUCGUGAUGAUCGUAAAACUUAUUGGUAUAUUAGAGCAGAACUUUACGAAGAAGCCAUCGAUACGGCAUUCGAACAACGUGAUCUCAAUACAUUGUAUGUACUGCAACAAAAGGCCACUAUGUUAGGCAAUCGUCAACAGUUAGAUAAAAUUAAUGUAUGCAUUACUAUUUUAGCUUCUAAAAAAUAAAGUAUUUAUAAAAUUUAAGAAAGAAAAAUAAAUUAUAAUAAUCUUAAUAUACAAAGUAA